AUGAGUAAAUCAAAUAUUUUAAGAUAUGAUUUAUUAUAUCAAAUGAAAUUAUAUUGUAUAAGGGAACCACUAUUUGAUAUUUUAUAUAAAAAUAUACAUAAACUUGCAUUAUAUUAUUAUUCAUAUGCUAAGCAAGAAUUACCAUAUUUUGGAGUAGAAAAAACAAAUUCUGAAGUUUUUGAAAUUUUAAUUAAUAAAUAUUUAAAUCUAGAUAAAGAUAAUUUUGUUGAAAUUACUGAAGUUAAUUUAAAUAAAAGUGAAGAAAAUACUAAUUUAAGUGAAGAAUCAAAUUUAUUAUUAAAUAAUAUUCUAAAUUUAGACAAAUUUGAAAAUGAAUUUGAAGAAGAUAAUCUUAGUAUAGAUAAAGAUUAUUAUAAUGAAUAUAGAGAAGAAACUUCUUUAGCAAAUCAAUUACAAAAAGAUAUUGAUUAA